UCCACACACUCGCGGAGCGUAACAAACACGGGCUGCUGCAGGGGUCGGGAGCAAUCGCGGGAGCAAAGUAGCGAAGGAGCGAAUGGUAAUCCACCCGAAGUAUCGCGGCUCGCGCGCAGUUUCUGUCCCAGUGCCAGUCGCUUCGAGUCGCUGCUGCUCGGCGUGCAACUCCGAGCCGAAAGUGAUCGAGUGUCAGUUGUUUUUACGCGCCAUCGACUGUACUUACGCGAACGUCAGUUGUUCUCGCGGGCUAGCGAUUCACUUCUCAGCGUAUAUAUAAUCGGGAGCCAAAAACCCCGGGUAAACCGACCGUAAAGCGAAUUUUCAUCACACGUCGUGAGCCGCGAGGGCGGCGAGGGUGGAAACAACGGCCGGUCUACUUCGCGAUCGAUUUCUCGAUCCGCCGACGGUAAGACCGAGGCCGAGACUUCCCACAAUUCGUCGCUGCGUCGUCAAUUGUUUAUCUAUCAUCGAGAGUGAAUCGAACGCAACGAUCGGUGAUGGACGGUUUGACAGUGCCGGGUAUUAUCGUUGCUGGGCGUAAAUUGUCGACUAUUAGUGUCAGGCCGGUGAACGUAAGAGCGCGAUGCGAGGACUGAAGAAACGACACAACGACACCUGAGUGCGAACCGGGUUCGUACCGAGCAGCUGAUCGUCAGUUGUUGUCGCACCACCGCGGAGCGGAGUGAAGUUGGCCGAAGGCGGGAGGAAAUUGGAAGUGCGUCGCCGAUUCUUGUCUGUUUUUCGUCCCGCGAGUGUUGUGUUUCUGCUCUAUAAUCUGUAGUCGGUAGUUCGGGGUUCACAUGACUCCCCCCCGUCGGCAGCAGCGCGUUAAACGUCGGAAAAUCAAUUUAUACUUUCCUAACGGUGUUUGCUCAAGAUGUUGCGGGUUGUUCGGACUCUUUGCGUGAAAUCCGCCGACGAACUGUCGUUCCUCCUACACGACUACCGCGAAUUAAUUGAACGUUAGUGAAACCUUGAAGCUGGCGUGCGUUGUUUCCCCGAGAGCGCGGAAAAUCGUCUAACUAGGGAGGAAACCCAGACUGAAAACAGAACCCAGACGCGAUGGAUAACUGAUCAUGCACCACGGACCACGUGAUCGAGAUUGAAACAAAAGAUCCGACGACCAUCCACCGAGCACUCGAUCAAAAGCAUUCAAGAUGUUGUCGUACAUGUUGCCAGCGGAUGAAAAGCCACCACCGUCAUCGCCGAUGGAAAACCGCAAUGGAAACCUGGGCCAGAUGUCCACGAGGAGUUACCAGAUCAAUGACCUUCAAUCCGGGGGCCCCGGAUCCCCGAAAAUGACUUUAAACGCUCGGACAAUAAGCGCGCUUCAGUCGACGUUGGCCUCGCGGGGGGGCGGAGAUCAGAUCGAAGAACUCGACGAGGGGGACGAGGAUAUCGCCGACGAUCAGAUCAAGGCCUACCGUGGUAUAAAUGGCCGAAAAGAGUCUCUCGAAAGCCCGAAACACUCUGCAAUCGGUGAUGCAACCGGCAAUACGACCCGGAAAUCCUCGGCUCUGCACUCAUCUGGACCCGGAAGGGCCGUCGUUAAAGAUGACAGUCUUUACAGCAUUGGGAGCGAUGCCAGUACCGUUGGCAGCGAGAAGAAGCACAAGCUGUUCAAUGGCGCCAAGCACACCAGUCUCAAGAGGGUCUCAUUUGGCUCUAGCAAAGGAUCGAUGGUCGAGACACUCGUCUAUGAGACUCCCGUCCAAGAGGAGCCGGAAAAUAACCAUUUUCACGAGCACAAUGGACGACUACCAAUACCGAACGCCUACGGAUCGGCGGCUCUUCUCGUCGCCCCUGAAACCGACGAGGGUCGAGAACGAGUCAGGGUAUCACUUCUUGAACCGACGCCUUGCCCGUCGACACCGGGCGUCCUUUUGCUCGAACCAACGUCGGACCUCGACGACCACCUUCACACACAUCUCACGAUGGCCACCAGUCCAGUCGAACUUCUUACCACCCAUACGGAGCACACAACGCCCACUUAUCACACGCAAAUCAGCACCGACAGCGGUUGGGACAACCCUUUCAGGCCGGACGGCGACCUCUCGAGGGAGGCCGACGAGAUCGUCGAGCUCAUAAAAGGCGGCAAACCGAUCACUCCGACUCCUGGACAAAACGCACCCGCACUUCCUGGAGCCGAGGUCACGACCCCUGUUUCGACGGUUGCCCCGGCUGCCAACGGUGAUCUCGACUCCGGUGCGAAUACGAUCCUGAACUCGACCGUCGCCAAUCAACAAACCUCGCCGAGGCUCAAUCAGGGGAACGGAAAUGCUGCCCAUGUCACGCCGAAUAAGGGAUCUGCUCCGAACUCGAACAAUCAGAAUGCCGCACACAAGAAGGUGGCGACAAGCGUCAACGCGGCGACGGUUGAGGUGGGUCGAGUUACGGCCCAGGGUCCCGGGGAUGCGUCGCAGGUCGAGCAUGUCACCCUGAAGAAGAAACCCAAGUGUAAAUGCUGCGUGCUGCAGUAGGAAGGAGGAGGAGGAGGAGGAGGAUGAAGGGAGAGAAGAGUUACAUACGGCCAACGACGACGACGACGACGACGAAGACGACGAAGACGAUGACGAGGAUGAGGAAAGAGGCGAAUACCUCGAUGGAACUCGAUUCGAUACUGACUCACGUCUGGCUCGACUAUUUUCUGGAUAUCUCUCUCUGUAUCUCGACACCGACACACCGAUAUUGUUACACGUAUAUCCACCUACCUGCAGAUGAGGAGGCUCGGUACACGCCGACCUUUCCCGCAUCGUCUCGUCUCUCAUGCGCGGGCAACCCUCUUCGAUCGAUCUCUCUCGACUUCGAUAUAUGCUUUACAUAAUAUACAUGAAUAUAUACCUGUAUAUACUAUACUACUUUAACAAGGAAUGUGGAAGAAUAGUUUUACGUUUGCUAUAUUUGGGAAAAACGUUCGCGUGUUGAAGAAAGAAAGAACUAAGCCCGGAUCUCUGUUAUAAUUUGAAAUUUAUAAAUUUUUGUUUUUUCAAUUCAUAAUCAUCACGGAAUGCAGUAUCUUUUCCA